ACAAUAACAUGGCGUCUGCAGUGAAAAGCUCGCAGGAGGAGUCGACAACAACGAGUUUGUCAACUACGACGCCGGAAGGCAGUGUCGAACAUAGGAGCGUCAGCGGUGCUGCCGCUGUCACCAGCGAUCGGCAGCAGUGGAUAGGGGACGAGGCUGAACGCGACGUAAUCAUACCGAGUGGAGCUGGUACCGGUGCCGCCUUUACGCCUGACCAAACGAGGCCUGCCCUUGCAGCUGUACAACCCCUUCAACAGCUGCAGCCCGUUCCUGCAUCGGUGAAAAGCGGCAAUGCGAGUGGUUGCGACGUCGGGGCCGAGGAAGCGGAGCUCGACAAGCGCACAAUCUUCGGCGUGUCACCGAGCACGUACGCGCUGAUCUCGGCAAUCCUCGUAGUCGUGGCGGCGGUCCUCACGUACGCCAUUGCCGUGUCCAGCUUGCGACGGCGUCCCACGGAUGCCAGGGCCGCCGCCGUUCGAUCGGCGAACGACUCGGCGCCCGUGUUCACAUUUAUUUAACGUCCACCGAACACGGGGGGACGUUAUUCUCAAGAUUUAGGCUUGAAAAUGUGGUGCAGUAAAACUCGGGGGAAAUCCUACCAUUCUCUUUUGACACUCUUCGAUCAGUUUUUCUGAUGCCACUUGAAGACGAACUAACGGCGAAAUUAACCUGAGCUGUAGUAGUAAUGUGCCCAUCGGGAAUAUUU